GCAUUCAUUUAUCGUACCAUCGCAAACCGAGUGUGCUGAACAUUGAGCUAUUGCUAUUUUCGGAUCGUACAACCAAUCUGCUUGCCACAAUCCGAAUUCGUUGAUUACACUGGAAAAUUGGCCAUGAUUACGGGCUGGAUAAACAGUGGGAAUGUCAAUAAAUACCAAUUACAUCAAAUCAGUGUUCCAAUUUGGUCAAACAAACAGUGCGAACAAGUACCUGAAUAUAAUGGCCGAUUCACACACAAUAUGAUCGGUGCCGGAGAAUACAAAAAUGGAACUCGUACAGAGUGCAGUCUUGACAUUGGACAAAUGUUUAUUGACGGUGAGCAUGGUGGCAUGGAGAUGAUUGGAAUAUACACAUUCGGUACGAAAUGUGGUAUUCUUGGAAUGCCAGCCAUUUAUACUCGUGUAGAUAAAUUCAUGCCAUGGAUUAAGCAUAUAUUAUCCAAUGAAUGUAUGUGCGUACCUAAGACUGCCGAUCAGGAUGUCUCUUUGCAAAAAUACGAUUCCUGUGAUUGCGGUUAAUAUUAAAUGAUCCAUUUUCUCUGUGUUGUCCAAUAAAAUAUAAAAACAAUUUGGCAAUGCCACGGUGGUAUUAAAUGAUUUGUGCAACAUAUCAAAAUAUAUUGUUAUCAUUUCGAUCGAUUCAAGUAUUAUGCAUAAAAUGAUUUCGCUCACAAAUUUUUCAUAUAAUUUUGAAAAUCGCUAACGUGUUGAUUUACUCGGAA